AUGUCUCUCAAGAUCACCGACACCCUCCCUCUCCCCAACUCGAGUGUGCGCAUUCCGCGCCUCGGUUUCGGCGUCUACCGCUCCCCGACCAACCAAUGCGUGCAGUCAUGUCUCAAGGCAUUGGAAGCGGGCUACCGACACAUCGACACAGCGCAGUUCUACGCCAACGAAGCGGAAGUCGGCGAGGCGCUGCGCACCUCCGGUGUGCCCCGGGAAGAGGUCUUCGUCACGACUAAGAUCCUCAGCCCCGCAGCUUCCCUCGAAGCUACCUACGAUAAAUUGCUCGCUUCGGUGCACAAGAUCAGUGGCGAAGAUGGAUAUGUCGACUUGUUUUUAAUUCACUCUUCCAGCUCGGGAUCCGCGGGUCGCAAACUUUUGUGGCAGGCGCUUGAGAAGUUGCAUGCGGAAGGCAAGGCGAAGAGCAUUGGUGUCAGUAACUUUGGCGUGGGACAUAUUGAGGAGCUGCGCUCAUUUGCGCAAGUUUUCCCACCUCAUGUGAAUCAGAUCGAGCUCCACCCGUGGUGCCAACAGCGCGUGGUUGCUGAAUACUGCCAGCGCAAUGGCAUUGUCGUCGAAGCAUACUCCCCUAUUGUACGAAACUACAAAGCGAAUGACCCCGUUCUGGUGGAUAUUGCGAAGAAGAAUAGCCACACGACCCAGCAGGUUUUGAUUCGUUAUGCGCUGCAGAAGGGUUGGGUGCCCCUGCCCAAGACCGAUAACCCAGAGCGCAUUGCCGCCAACGCAAAUGUGUUCGACUUCGAACUCAGUGAAGAAGAUAUGCUCGUGUUGGAUUCCCUGGACCAGGGAAGCAACGGUGCUAUUGUCGAGGCCGUUGAUAACGCAUGA